GAUGUCGUACCUUCUCCUUGAGUCUACCGAGGUAGCUGUGGGUUUCGCGUAUCGCCAGACACAAGCACGACCAACAGAAUGCUUAUUCAUCCCUCACCCCACGGCAUCACGUGGAACGUCGCCAGAUUCAAUCAUACUAACUUCCUAGAAGAGAAAGAGUCUGUGAAUACCUCGAAUGCCUUCAGACUAUGUAAGGCUGCAGAAAUGAAGUGGGAAGACGGCGACAUCGGCUUCUCGCAUUCAGAUAAACCACGUCCUUCACCUCCUCCAAUCUAGAUCCUAUCGUCAUCAAAGAUGGACACUCACAAUUUGUUUAAGUAUCAAGGAAAACCGCUAGACGUCAGUCGACGAGAAAUUCGGUUGCUACAUCUCUACCCGUCUAGCACUGACCGCAUAACAGCCACACUGAGCGUAAAGGAUCUCGCCAGUGCUACUGGGACCUAUGCAUGCGUCUCCUAUGUAUGGGGCGAUCCCAACAAGACGGUACCGAUCGAAGUAGAUGGUCAGGAAGUGCAAAUUACAACGAAUCUCUUCGACUUUCUCUAUCACAUCCGAGAUCCAAACGAAAUACUCACGCUCUGGGCGGAUGCCAUGUGCAUAAACCAAGCAGAUCUGAGCGAGAAAUCGCACCAGGUGGCCAUGAUGGGCGACAUCUACUCCGGAUGUUCCGUCGUACACAUCUGGUUGGGCGCAAUAUCAGAUGCUUUACCACUAGGAACAGCCCCCUUCGCCUGGAUCGAGCAUAUGGCAGAAGGAAAACACUGGCACACUCUCCCCGCAAUUCUCGAUGAGCAUGACGGAAAACCAAGCGAAGAGUUCACUAACCACCGACUUGCCUUCGAUCUCAUGACAGGGAGUCCAUGGUGGCAAAGAUCCUGGACCGUUCAAGAAGUCAUCCUACCCAAAUCCACCCUCCUCUGGUACGGAACCUGCAACACGACCUGGGACCGCUUCGCACAAGCAAUCCGAAACCAAGACACCCGAGUCAAACACUGCUGCCUGCCUGAUAGCCGAGAAACGAAGAAGCAUUGGCUCAAGAUUAAGGUUAUUGACGCCUUCAUGUACGAGCAUGAGACGAUCAAUUGGUUCCGAGAGUAUUAUCAUGGCAGCAUUGCAACUAUACCUGGUCAUUCAUCCACUAUCGAGGGAGUUAUGCCAUUCAAAGAAACUCUGCUCUCAUUCUCGAAGCGACAGUGUCAUGACCCCCGCGACAAAGUCUUUUCCAUCUUGGCGCUAGCACCGCCGCGGAUGUUCGGGAAGUACAAACCCGACUACACGGAACCCUUAGCGGAGACCUGGACGGAUGUAUACCGAUUGAUGUUAGAUCACACUGCGGACGUUUCGGGAAUCCUGCAAGGCAACGGGUUUGGGCCGAAUAGCGACGGCAGACCAUCUUGGGUUCGCGAUCUUGCUAAUAUGCCCACCGACCCCAUGUAUGAGCGCCAUAGGGUAAGUCUUGCCGCAAUGUACGACUGUAGUGGUGAACCACUGGGCACAUUCAUCUCAACCGACAAAUGGGAGCUUUAUGUCAAAGCACGGAAAGCCGAUGUCAUUCGUCAUGUGGGCGCACCACACACUCUUAAAUCUGGCCCGAGGGCGAUGAUGGCCAAUAUGAGACAGUGGCACAAACUCGCCAUGGAGGCACUAUCCUGCACUGACGAAGCGAUUAUCCGGAAGCCUUUUCAGCGCGCAAUAUGCGCGACGCUGCACUCGAUCGGGGAAGGUACCUCAUGGCGCCGCAGUAGAGAUGAAGAUCUGCCCAGUCUGGAAGACUGGCAAGAGUUUUUGGAUUUGGAGCCUGACGUCUUCCCGUUCCAUACAACGUAUCUGUCGCCAGUUAUAAUCGCCGCGGAAGACCGCUGCUUUUAUGUCACGGAGAAGGGGAAUAUGGGAUUGGCUUAUCCAGGUGUAAGGCCUGGGGAUGAUGUUUGCGCCCUGAUGGGGAUGCGGGUGCCGGUUGUACUGCGGAAGGCAGAGGGAGCGCAUGAUAAUGCGAACGCUUAUCAUUUUAUAGGGGACUGCUUUCUGCUCGACCAUAUGGAUGGGGAGAUUAUGCGAAACGAUGAGGAGACGAAAGAUAUUGUUCUUAUCUAACAUCGCCACGACCAACGAUCUGAGAGAGCGAGCAAGAUUCAAUAAGAUGGACUACUGAGCCUAGAGAUAGAGUACGUCUCACAUUGCGUGAACUAUGGAGUUCGCUACGAGACAUUGAACAUCUGACUACCAGAAAUAUGUGUCCAACCCACUUGCUGACCAAUCUUAGACUCGUAGUUAUUGAACGUCGCGUUCCUGUUAUCCUGUUUCGGAUGUCAGCGUUG